UUCUUAUAGUUUGAAAAAUCAGUCUGACCCUGCUGCACUCGUGUAAUAGUAAAACAAUGUUAUUGACGACUAUCUUUUAAACGCGUAUCCGACGAUGUUACAUAAACCAAUGAAUCGGUUCAUGUAAUUACGAUAUUGAUAUUCUCAAUUCAUAACGCUUCGUUGUGUUUAACCCUUAUCACUUCAACUGGCAGUACAUAAUACUACCACAAGCUUAAGCCAGCAUUGGAGUGAUAAGAGUUAACAUUAUAUACAAUGAAUUACGUGAUAAUUUAUCGCAAUCAAGAGUCAAAUAUAAACAUGAAUUGUAUUAUUUUUCAGAUGAGUACCACUGUCCAAGUGAAUAACCCUAACCCGAACCUGGACAUACCGAUAUUGGCAAUAACAAAGCAUUCGAAUAUAUUUCGCAACAGUUAGAUUUUUAAAAGGUCGGAUGUUUGUGCCUUGAACAUAAUAUCGCAUACAUAUGUGGUCUGUAACACAUUUUAGUCGAGAAAAUGUUGGGAUUGUUGCAGUAUUCCACAGGUUGCGGUAAUCAAUAGAUCGAUGUCUAAUUUAAUUUCCACGUGAAACCCCUCUUCUCAGAGGCCCGGAAGUGUAAAAGAAAUGAACAAAAAAUGUCAAGCUUGAAUGGAAAUCUGCUAAUCAUAAUCUUGGCAUUAUCGAUCUCGAAUUUCUCACAAGCGGAAGACAAAGAUGCGGGGACCAUUGUUUUUGCUAAUAUCCUGUACAGACACGGAGAUAGGACACCUAUAAGACCUUAUCCUAAUGAUCCUUAUAAUAAUGAGAGCCUUUGGCCUGUACCAUAUGGUCAGUUAACUAACCGUGGAAAACAUCAGCAUUUACAGCUUGGUCGUUGGCUUCGCAAACGCUAUUCGCAUCUUCUGAGCAACUUCUAUACUCCAUAUGAUAUCUAUAUUCAAAGCACCGAUGUAGAUCGUACUUUAAUGUCAGCAGAAUCACAUCUUGCUGGUCUUUAUCCGCCAUAUGGCAAUCAAAGAUGGGACAAUAUACAAUGGAUGCCUAUUCCAGUCCAUACUAUUCCUGAAGAUAAGGACUAUGUUCUGGCUGCUAAGAAGUAUUGUCCAAAAUAUGAUUACGAACUGGAAAAAGUCCUUAAUUCUGCUGAAAUGAAGCAUAUAGAUGAAGAGAAUAAAAAUUUAUAUGCAUAUUUAACAGAGAAAACGGGAAACAACAUAUCCUCUCUUCGAACUGUGUUACAACUUUACGACACUUUAUUUAUCGAGAAUAUCUAUAAUAAAACACUACCAGAAUGGACAAAGUCAGUAUUUCCCGAUAAACUGAAACCUAUUGCUGAUAAAAGUUUUACAAUCGAAGCUUACAAUAAGAUUCUUCAAAGAUUAAAAUCAGGAUCUCUAUUGGGAGAGAUGAUAGAUCAUAUGGAGAAGAAGUCGAGAAAUUCACUAAUACCGGAUAGAAAAGUAUGGAUGUACAGUGCCCACGAUGAAACUUUAGCCAACAUGUUGAUGACUUUGAAUUUAUUCGAUCCACACUGUCCACCGUACGGUGCUAUGAUUCUUACAGAAUUAAGAAGAAAUUCGGAAGAUCAGUAUCUUGUAACGGUUUCGUAUAAAAAUUCUAGCGGUAAACCAGUACUUUUAACGAUUCCUGGUUGUACUGCAUUGUGUCCUCUAAAUGAAUUGAUCGUGCUAACUAAAGAUGUUAUACCUCUGAAUUGGGAGAAAGAGUGUGCAAUAGGUCGAGACAAAUUUGGAUACAAUGUGAACACAACUACAAUUAUCGUCACCCUAACGUCUUCUAUAAUGAUGUUAGUUUUAUUAAUUUUAUCUAUAAUUGGUUUGAUUUAUUGGCAUUAUAAACGAGAACAUAAUCAGUAUUACCUUCGAUUAACAACAGAUCCUAUAUAAUAAUCGAUAUAGUAUUGUUCGAACUAAAAGUUUAUUCUCCAAACGGUUUUUUUUUCUAAAUGAAUGGUUAGGAAUGUCAAGCCAAAUGAUAAAUUUUUUUUUACUUCUACAUACAUCGACAAGUAGAGCAAUGGCAAGCUAAAAAAAUGAAUUUGCCACACAUUGUAUCCAGCGUUUCGAAAGACACAAAACAUUUGUACUUUUCUAUUGAUGAACUAUUUUAGUUUACAAGCACGCAAGCAAAGGAAAAGGACGAUUCUGUCGUGAAAAAAGCAAAUGCCCGUAACAUACUACGGUAUUGCAAAAUAAUGAUUGAAAACAAGGUAACUUUUUUUAAGAUGAAUUUUAUAACAAUUUUUAUUAGCCUUACGAAGGAAAACAUGUUAGACUUUUAGAGGUUUUUUGUGAUUACUAAGUGCUAUGUUACUUAAAUUGAUUUUCAAAACUUGUGAGGGAAUGGUCUGUGAUGCAGGAUGAAAUAGUAUACAAAAUAAAGGUGAUAGAAUUGAUAAUUUCGAGCACAAUUUAAUUCUUACGACAUAAUUAUUUUUACGUACUUGUGUGAUAUCAAUAAAAUUUGAAAUUUCUUAACGAAACUUAAGAACUCUGGUCGUUUGUGAUAUUUUGGCGAGUGUCUAGUCAUAAUGUUUUAAAUUACAAUAGCUGACGACAUACGUCGAUCUUCAGCAAGAAAGUGAUAUUCUUAACUAUUAUACUGCUACGCGUUAUUCAAUUAUUGUUUAAACAUGGUUAUGUUGAUGUACAUAUACAUACGUGUAUGUAUGUAUGUGCAAACAGACAAUAUGUAAAAAUGUAAAAAUUUCCAAAUGGACCACCUUAUUAUUACGUGUUUCUCGGUGCUUGGUAUAAUAAUAGACGAACAAAUAUAUAGGAGUAUGACACUCGAAAUAUUUUUAUGACAUUUAAGAGUGAAUAAACAAUAUAUUACAGAGGAAAA